AUCAUGGACAUGAAAUUAUGAAAGUCGUGCCAGGACAUUGACCUGCAAUCUCAACACCAGCAUUAACCUAUCCACCCGAGACCGAGGUAUCGCUGAUGGAAUAACCUUACCCCGCCAGCUCCGCUCAUAGUUAUCGCUCCCAACAUCGUCGGAGCAGCCUCCAUCUCCAUAUUAUCUACUCAAUUGAUAAAAUAGAACAUCCAUAGAACCAUAGAAGGGGGGGAACGAUAGAACCAGUCGGUUGACAAAAUUGACCAUGGCUUGGUUUAACCGGACGAUAGACUUUCUCUCGGAUACCUUUAAGAGCCAGCAAAACCACCUUCCGCUCCUUGCGGCGGCUGGGGCUUCGUUCACUCUAGGCUUCGUUCUACAUUCAACAAUCAGCAAAGGACCUCUCGAACCAGAUGUCUUACGUGCCCCACGGAAAGCAACUGUGUCAGACAAGCAGGGCCAUGGACAUCCGCUGCCCAGUGACGUACUUCCCGGUGCCAGAGACGUGGCUACGCCCUACGGUUCCAUCAGAGUGUACGAAUGGGGCCCAGAGGACGGGCCGAAAAUUCUCUUCGUCCAUGGGAUCACCACUCCCUGUAUUUCGCUUGGUGGAUUGGCCCAUGCGUUAGUCGAUCGAGGAUUUCGUGUGAUGUUGUUUGAUCUCUUUGGGAGAGGCUAUUCUGAUGCUCCAUCCGAUCUCCCUCAAGAUGAUCGGCUUUUUGCUACCCAGAUUCUCCUUGCCCUGGCCUCAUCUCCCAUUUCAUGGACCGGGGCUGGUUCCGGUAAAUUCAGUCUUGCGGGUUACUCUUUAGGGGGUGGCAUUGUAGCAGCAUUCGCUUCCUACUUUCCGCAACUUAUCACGUCGCUGUUUCUCCUUGGACCAUCGGGUAUGAUUCGGGAUAGCCACAUCAGUUUUCAGUCGCGAUUCCUUUACUCUCACGGUCUUGUCCCUGAGAGCAUCCUGACGGUGCUCGUUCGUCGCCGUCUCUCAGCUGGGCCGUUAGUUACACCCAAGGACAAGUCAGACCAAAAGUUCAGUGCUGAAGACGCUGUCACUGAGGAAUUUACCGCGCAGGAGAGUACCCAGGUAUUAUCUCGGGCCUAUCCUCGUAUUUCACUCGCAGACGCGGUAAACUGGCAAGUGGGAACGCACGUUGGCUUCGUCCAUUCCUUCAUGUCCAGUAUGCGGUUCGGGCCUAUUUUGCAGCAGAGACAGUUCGAGACGUGGAAUCGCCUUGGAAAAUUCCUUGCAAGCCAACAUGGCGUUUGGACAGGUGAGAGAGAAAAAGGCCUUACCGGUGAUAAAGUAUUCAUUAUCACUGGAGUCAGCGACCCCAUCAUUGUCAAGGAUGAGCUUAUCGAGGAUGCCACUGCUGCUCUUGAGGGAAAUGUCCAGUUCAAGUUCCUCGAUGCAGGACAUGAGUUUCCGAGUACAAAAUAUGAUGAGGUCGCGCAGUUCAUUGAGGAGAAGGUUUGUCAGUAAUGACCUAAAGUUAUCACAUAUGUACUUGAUUUUCUAGAUGCAUUGAAGGCCUUCCCUUUCCAUUUUAGCGAUCACCCCUUGCUGCCGAUCUGCUCACUGAGCAUAGGGUGAGUAGAAUGUGAGUAACCUGAGUCAACAUACCUUAAUAGAAUACACUAUACCAGGGUUUCAC